AAUUUUGAGUACGUGCAAACUAGAGGCUCGGAGCAAUUUUGCCCCUACAAUAAAUGUUAUCUUCCUCUUCCACUUCUUUCCGGUCUGAUCCUCAGGUCCGAUUCAAUCGCAAUUCUGGCUUGACUUUCUUCAACAAUCUCAUCUUCUCUCUUCCGCUCCAGCUCCGCUCUUUAUCACCAUGGAGCAUUCCAUGUUUCAAUCCGUUUCUCUUCGAACUCCGGCUGUAAAUUCCACGCUCAAGCCUUCUCUGCCUCACACUAAGCUUCUAGUUAGGCCCGCAGCAACUCCACCUUCAACUUUGCUCCCCAGUUUCACUUUGCAUAUGCAGCCGAGAUGGCCGCGUAGCUGCAGGAGAAAUGUUCUGACUAAAUCGUGGAAACGACGAACUUCUAUUCAGGCCUGCACUCAAGUUGGAGCUGCAGGACCUGAUCCCCUAGUGAACAAUAUUUCAGCAUUUAGAGAUGCUUGCUGGAGGUUUUUAAGGCCCCAUACGAUACGUGGAACAGCUUUAGGAUCUGUUUCGUUGGUGACUAGAGCAUUGAUUGAAAACUCACACCUGAUAAAGUGGUCCUUGGUCUUCAAGGCUCUGUCUGGUCUUUUUGCUCUAAUAUGUGGAAAUGGUUAUAUAGUCGGUAUCAAUCAGAUUUAUGAUAUUGGAAUUGACAAAGUCAACAAACCAUAUUUACCAAUAGCUGCAGGAGAUCUUUCAGUCAAAUCUGCUUGGCUCUUGGUGAUAUUUUUUGCUGUUGCUGGUCUGUUAGUUGUCGGGUUGAACUUUGGGCCAUUUAUUACUUCUCUCUACAGUCUCGGUCUUUUUCUUGGGACUAUCUACUCUGUUCCUCCAUUCAGAAUGAAGAGAUUUCCUGUUGCAGCAUUUCUUAUAAUUGCCACAGUGCGAGGUUUUCUUCUUAAUUUUGGUGUCUAUUAUGCAACUAGAGCUGCUCUUGGACUUACAUUUGAGUGGAGCUCACCUGUGGCUUUCAUUACCACGUUUGUGACCCUGUUCGCUUUAGUGAUUGCCAUAACAAAAGAUCUUCCAGAUGUGGAGGGAGAUCGCAAGUUUCAGAUAUCAACCUUGGCAACAAAGCUUGGAGUUAGAAAUAUUUCAUUUCUUGGUUCUGGACUUCUGCUGUUAAAUUAUGUUGCUGCUAUAGCAGCUGCUAUAUACAUGCCUCAGGCUUUUAACCGUUUCAUAAUGAUCCCUGUUCAUGCAAUCUUGGCAUUGUCCCUGAUUUUCCAGUCAUGGUUGUUGGAGAGAGCAAAUUAUUCUCAGGAAGCAAUUUCGACAUUUUAUCGGUUUAUAUGGAAUCUCUUUUAUGCUGAGUAUAUCAUAUUUCCUUUGAUCUAGUGGAACAUUCUUAACCUUAUAUUCAUUUAUGAUCUUUUUGUGGGUGCGUGAGAUUUAGAAAGCAAGGAUGAGUUCAAUUUGUCAACUUGUAUAUAUUGCCAUUAUAGAAUCAUGUUGUAUUAUCAUCUAAUGAAUUCCAGUUAUAUCAAUCGGAUUCUUUUUUCCUCUCC